AUAUAUGUCCUUAGUCCACACCGAUAGCUUUCGCCAGACACCUAUAUGCGCCCACAGCACUCAAAGGGUUUUAAACCUAAAUCGCUUACAUACACCUCAAAUUCUUCUAUAACUCGUGAUCGACAAUUAUGCGUUAAUUCGAUCGAAUUAUUAGAGAAACUUAUGAGAUAUGGCUGUAAGCUUCUUCGCAGAGAACUGGCUACGCUCGAUGAUCACGAUGACAAUUGAAGAAACAGGUCGAAUAAAUACGGGAGAUCGUCGCGAUUACUUAUUCUGGAAAACUGAUUGAUCUUGGUCCAAAUGAGAUCUAGUCGUGUAAGUAAUGUGUGUUAAUCGAACAGCAGAAAAAGAGAGGCACGUGAUAUUAUAGUACCGACGAUGAAAUGAUCAUUCGUAGCUGAAGCAGUAUUACCUGUAUAAUCAAUCAUUUUCACCUAUUACUAACGGAGAAUACAUAAAUUGAAUAAUUUUAUAGGAAUAAUCCAGUAAGAUGAAGAUACGUGUUAACCAUUUUAUUUCGUCCUUUUGUCUAUACAUCGCAUGUACUAUAUACCACGACGUAGUUAGUUAACUUUGAACUACCAAUCAAAAAAGUCGUACAACUAUUACUUGUCUGUAUUUUGAUAAUAUCUCACCGAUAGAUCGGAGUUACAAAUAAAUUUGUUUCUUAUGAGCCGCGAACCUUCUAAAGAAAAAUAAACGAAGAAUCCUGAAGAUUCUAAUAGAUAUUUAUUAUAUUAUCUUAUUGAAAUUUGCGUUUAAAAUUAUCAAAUGCUACGUCAUUUAUGGAUAAUAUUAGUGAAGAAAAUAUGAUGUAAUUAAUUUUUAAUAGAAACAAAACAUACCAAAAAAUAGCAAAGCCUCAAAUAAAUAAAUUACCAUUUACAUCCAAGAAAUAUUACUAAUUCAAGAAAUGACUCUUCUCCGAUUAACAGGUUAAAUAACAUUCUACACACAGAACCAUACUCUUAUACAUACAUAUUUAUGCAGACAACUAGAUCACACGCAGAAAGCUAUAUUAACUGUGCACGAUGUGUAUCCAUCCAUACGUAGAUAAUCCAUUAUUUGCACAACGAAAACGCGGCCAUGGCUUUCGCGUCUCUCUCUCUCUCUCUCUCUAUUUCUCUUCCUCUCACUUUACCAACCGUCUAAUGCACACAGGAACACGACAGCUGUGUGUUGCUCUGCAGCUAAAGGCAUUAAUUGGGAUUAAGUAAAUCAAGACGCUAAUUAGCUCGCGCCAAGAGUGCGCGCACGCGCGCGUCAUCGGCCUUUCGGCCCAACGACGAAGUUACCACCACCACGAGAUUCCGCUCUCUCAAACCAAAAUGUUACCACCCCUUGGCGUCAGCUCUAACCAGUGUAACUAGCUACACCGACGCGAGAUCACCGUUUCCACGGUCAUUUAAUUUUCCUACCCAUUUGCUGUGGCAACUGGCUGCUACGAUUACAAAUUUACCUGUGCAGACGAUGGAACGCAUUUAUUCGAGGGUAGUUCGUUUAUGCGACGUCACUAACAACACUUUUCCCUAUCCACUAUGUACGACCAAUGAAUGUUCAAAAGGUAGAUAGGCCUUUUGUUCAUGGUAACAGAUGAUUAUCUUUUAUUGGGAUGAUGAUGAUGAUGAUUCAUUUGAUCCGAUCCUACCAGCUUUACAGUUGAGUAUUAAACGAAAGGUCGGGAAAAUGUUAAACGUAGUAGGCAAGCUUCGUUUGAUUCGUUUCAGCGUACAACGAUAAUUUGCCGAAUUAAAAGUAUAAUUAAUUAUAGCUGGAAUUAUUAGAUUUAUAUUAUCAUAUUACUUCACAGUUAAAUACGGUAUCCAGGUCUUGAUAUGGAUCUUCAUUAAGAACAAUCGAAUCGCGAAGCGGACGAAUGUUUAAUAUUUCAAUGGAAAUAAAAGCGUUGGUAUUGCUACGUGUUAUACGUUUUCAUCGUAGGACGCAAGAGGAAAUCUAAUAAUUAGAUCGGCAAUCGUACUUGUAAAGAUUUAAUUAUUCUCAGGUCCUCGAUAGAGAGUCUUUUUCUACUCGAUUUUAUACUGUAUGUUUAACGCGAUGUAUUCAAUACAUACCAUCCGAUUCUAUUUAAAAAUAUCUAUCGUUAAACCCUUUCCACGUCGACAAUAUCUCUAAACCACAGCUUGAAACAACAAGAUCCUAUAAAAAGAACCCCUACUAGAAGAGCUCACUAAAAACUUCACAAAUCCCAUCGCGAAACCUUCAAUUCGAUUGCUUCGCCAAUUACAUACAACGCCAUUAAAAUUAAAGACAGAGGGUCAACUGAAUCAAGAACCAACGCACCAUACGGGUCGAUGAAACGCAAAGGAAGAAUAAGUGGAUUUCUGAGCAGGUGAGUAUUUAUUUCAUUACAAACGAAAUAGCCUAUUUGCAAGGGACAGACAGUGAAAGAGAGAAAUAGAAAGAAAAUAAGUUCGAACGAACGUGUUCGGGAUAGAGAAAGGGGAUGAAGAGAGAGAGGGGGGAGAGAGAGAGAGAGAAAGAGAGAGAGACAGAGACAGAGGAUGAUGGCGAAAGCGGCGAAGAGAAGCUGCAGAAAGCCCGUACGGAUCCUGGUAAUAUCGCGAAAAGUGUUUGCUCAGCUUGUCUCGACCGAGCUCGGAGCAUUAAACCGCGAGAGCGUUCUUUCUCGUCUCCCUGGGAUCCGGGGAGAGCGAUACCGACCUCUCCAAUGUGUACACUUCUGCUCCCGAUUAUACGUUGUGCGAGCCCGAACAGCUAUUUCCUUCCUUUCCACCGCGGUGAAUUUCGAUUCUGCCAAUUGAAGCGACGAUCAGUUUCAUGUACUUUGUCAUGGAGUCCGGCGACAAUUUAACUAACAGCUCGUGGAAACACGGGAAAGAUGCAAAGAGAUUUUUAGGAAGCGUGGAAUACGAUUGAAGUGAUUGAGAAAAUAUCGAAAAAGACGAGAUGGUUAAAUCGUUGAACCGACCUGACCAAAAUUGCAUAGAACGAAUAACGCAAGGUGGGUAGUUAAAAUUUCCUGUUCAGCUGCGAUCAUACGAAUCAUACAAUGGACGAGGGAAAAGAUAUUUAGCAGCGAAAAAUAAAUAUUACUACGAUAUAGUUGUUUUCCUUUGUCAUAAUCGUGUUGCAAGAUACCAUUCAGAUCAACGUACAAGGAAAAAGAAACUUUCCACGAUUACGUAUAGCUGAAUCUAUAGGUACAUACAUAUUUUUAUAUUUAGAUAUCGCUGUAUAUAUUAGUGGAGCACCAAAUCACCUACGACAAUCAACGAUAUCGGGGUUGAUAUUAUCCCACUCGACGAGCGAAAUCGGUCCAUCAGAAUAAAUUUUUCUUGCUUGGAAAAUAUUAAAGAAUUUUAAAGAAUUUACAUGUGUCCACAGCUUGGAAAGUUUUUUUUAACAUAGCACCAAUGUUUGAAUUAUUCCUGUAAGACGAACAAUUUUACAAAGAGGAGACGAUAAAUUAGAGACAAUAUGGCGACAGAAUCAAUUCAGGUGAUAUCACGUUAAUCGGUAGUAUUAUUAUCAACGAUGACGACAAUGAUACUAAUAGCUAUGUAAACGACGAUUAUAGUAGUAGUUGUUGCUUUCGAUCGGAAUACAACGGGAUAAAGGGACGGCGUGGAGGAGGAAACGGAGGGAUAGGGGGAACUUUGCGUCUGUUAACUUCAGUUUAAAGCUGCAGGUCUCCUGGGAAAUGUGCGUAAUCGCCAUGUCCCAUUCUGAAUUGGUGGCGACGCAUUCUUGCCUGGAACCGCGGCUGUUCCACACCACCCUGUUACGAUGACCCACGAUUAACUUCAAUGGCUCUGUAUACCUCCCUUAUUUUCCGUUAUUUACGCCAACUCUUUGUAUUUAGUAUUCUGGUUUUGUUUUAAUUUUGCUGAGUGACUGGAUAGAUAGGCCGGUAUACGUGAAACAUUGCUGGCCCAAAUACAGUUUUCUAACAUAAAAACAUUACCUAUUUAAUCAAAGUAGUCUUUGUAUAAUUCAACGUACCUUUCUAGUCACGUUAUUAUGCUCCAUUAUCACAGAUUUAUAAGAAUUAUCAGUUCGAAAAUUCAAACAUUCUUGGAACGGAGCUGAUACAAUUUUCUCAUUUAUGGUUUCUCUUCUUUUUUCAAAUAAUUUAUACGUUCAAAAAUUGUCUAGAUAGAAUAAAGUGAAAUCAACGCGAAAUACUGAAUUUAUAUCUUCGUUUUUUUAAACGAAGAAUAUAAAAAUUUAUUUUUGUAUUCCAUUUAUUUGUAUUGCGUGGGCAACAUACAUGGAAAUAACACAUUUUCUUUCAUUUUUCAGUUUUCUAGUCCUGUACAACGGAAAUUUUGUUUACUCGUAAGAAAAAAAAUAUCGUUGAUUAUGGUUCCUUACUUUCGCUCGAUCAAUAAUAAUUGUAGUAAGCUCGAUCAACGUUAUCGAUUCGAUACCAAACCUAAUUUUCCUCCAGAAGACGAGGAAAAAUGUGAAAUACCGGCAUGGAAGAAAAAAACCACUCUUUCCACGAUAUGAAGAUAUAUUCUUAAUGUGUGUCCGGAAACACGUACGCGUUUCCGUACACAGGCCGUUCUCCAUUCGAACGACGAAGGAACGAAAAUUUUCCGGUUCGCGAAAAUGCGAUAGGACGAAAGGAAAGGAAAUACACAUGAUGUCUCAAAGAAUUUACCACCAAUUUUUGCCAAUAUAUCCAUUGACUACUAUUGGUAAAAAUAAAAAAGAUAUAAAAUUGAAAUUAAAAGUAAGAAGGAUCUAAUAGUACCUAUAAUAGAAGAAAUUACAUUUUACUCACAGACAUUGCAAAGAAUCAUUCGAACUGCUAAAAGUUCAAAUAAAAAUUACGAAUUGAUCGUUCUGACCAUCGCGAUAGUUUCAGCGUCGAUACAUAAAAUACCAAGCAAAUAUCUAAAAUAGCGGCGAUAAAAAUAAAAAUACGAACAUCCGAGGUUAAUGAUUUAACGAAAAGUCUAUUAGAAAGUAUUGCGCGAUUUCCGAACGAAUCAACGCCAUUCUUGUAUCAUUCUUUGCAUCCAAUUUUCAAUCCUCAAAUCGGAAUGACAAGUGGUUUCCCCCCCCCCCCAAAAAACCCUGGGACACCGUGUACAGAAAGAAAGAGUAAGAUAGUUUGAACCGAUAUAGGAGGGUGGCCGAGGGUCGAAAAAGCGAAGAGAGCGAGCAAACGAGCGACCUGUACGUAUACGGGCCACCAGGCGGAAUAAAGUGAAAUUUCAGCGCAACCUGAAUUAUAAACGAUAUUAUGCAAACACUGCGGAGAAAGAGUACUCGUAGCCGCGAGUUAAUUUGAUGAAAAACAUCAGAGAGCAGCCAGAAUAGAGGAAACGAGAUAGGGGUGAAACAGAGAAAGGAAAGAGGGAAGAAGGGAAAGGGAGAAAGGGGAGGACAGGCAAAAGACGCAUCCCGGAAAGAACGUUCUUGAGGAGGAACACGCUCCUCUUCAUCUACGCUUUUCGACUCUAAAGGCACUCUAAUCACCGAACAACCAUGCCAAACUGUGGUCAUCAAAAUCUUUGUUUCGUCUUUUAUCCCAUGUUCCUUUUCUUCCGUGUUUGCGUCUUUUGCGUUUUCUACUCUCGUUUUGAGCGACGAGUGUUACGCGUGCGAUACGUUUCGGUAAUUUUUUGAACAAAGAGAGGAACUUCACGGGGCUUACAACAGAGUCGUUGUAUCGAGUAGAAUAUUCAAUGGCAGAGAGAGCUGUCCUUGAUUUAUUUCUUCCAUUUUUGCUCGACAGUCCAUAGCUUGGCUGUUUUCUGAUUCGUUGGUUUCUUUAUUGGAUUUAGUAACUUGUUUUAUUUGUUUCUUUGGACGUUUCAUAAUUUGUGUAACUUCCUUAUUUUCUUUCACAUCUUCCUUUGGUUUCACAUAUUCUUAUAAUUUAAUUUGUUUGAUUCCUUUCUUCUGUUCCAAUUUCCUAAUUGAAGUGCUUAAUUCAUGUUAUUCGAAGACCCGGACGCAAAGAACCUUAGAUUCGGAUAUACGCGAUGAAUAUGCAGAAAGAGAAAUGCAACUUAGUUCAAAGUAAUAUUUCUGCGAGCUGGAUGUUUCUAUUCGAAUCGUAACUUCAGUUAGUAAUUUGAUAUAUCGUAUCAAUCUUGUAAAAAGUGUCUAGUCCGAAACUAAACUAGUUAUUUAUGCUGGCGAUUUUUAGCAGCAUAUAAUGCGAUUCAACGAUUCGAAAUGUAAAAAAACAUCGUUCACCGACCAGCCCUUCUAACUUGGAAAAAUAACCACACCGAUGAUUCGUAGGACUAAUUGACUCAACAACCCAAUCGGCUUUCUUUCAUCCUUUUUGUCAGAACGCGAUACACUAUCAAAGAAACAGAGAGUAGGGAUACGUCGAUCAUAUCCCACGAGUACGGGGAUGGCAAGAAUAAAAAAACAGAGCUUUCACAUCUCGCGCCAGUCGAAUCGCGACUUCCCAUCGUCAUUCCCUUCCGUUUCAUUUCUUCCUUUCGGCAACAACAAACUAACGACGAUAUCGCGUAAAAAUCUUAGACUGGAUUCAUCGAAUGAAAAUAUUUCGUCUUCGUGAAUGGAUAUAAAAACGCGUAACAUAACGAAGCGAGUUUUGUUUUUGAUUAAUCGACGUCUUAAUUAACGAUUGGAUUAUUCGAGAGAAAUUUAGGGGUCUAUAGGAAACUUAGGUAUCUGUUAAGAAUUUAAACGUCAAGGGAACGACCAGAGGGUCGGUGGUAGUUUGCGAAAUAACACACGUGGCCAAAACGCGUAAUAUUUUUAGAUGCGUCCCGAAUCCAAACAUGUUCAAAGUCAUCGUCGUUUCGACAUAUUUCCUCUGGAAGUAAAAUGUUGUUCUACCCAUAGGUAUCGAUAGCAAUAUCUCGAAAUACUACGCUUAACUCGCCAUUAGAAACUCGAUAACCAAAAGCAGGAAGAAACUGGCCGAUAGAGGGAAAAGAAAGAAAAAACAAAAAGAGAAACUAUAAAGAAAGACAGAAUACCAAAAUACAAGUUUAAAACGGAAGAAGCACGAGGUAGCCACCGAUAGGUAAAAGAGAAGGUAGAAGAAAGAGGAAGUGGAAGUGGAGGAUAUAUGGUAGGGGAAGACGAAGAAAAAUGCUUGGUACAAUUUUCGACAUGGUAAAUACACCAGGCGCACGUGCAACCCUGCCAGUAAUCGAGGCAGCGCCGCCAAUCUCGACUCGUCGGGGGCGGUUCUCCGCUGGCCAGGGGAUGGGGUGGGCUGCACAGGGACUGGCUGAUACCAGUCGUCUGGAGGAGGAAACUCGAAGGGCGGUAGAACCUCGUCGAAAAACUAGCCGAAUUACGGACGUUUACGACGGUGGCGCAACGUUACGGAAACCUGGCGUUCAAAUCACGGGCAAUCGCGACGCACGCCGGUUACCUCUUCGACUUUACGUUUAUAUUCGCUUCUCAAUCGUCGAUUAUACCAUUUAUCGGUCGUACUUUGUCGUCGUGAAUCUUCGGGAUCUUAGAAAUGUACGUUCGCUCAUAAGUCGAGAGCGAAAGGGUGUUUGAUGACUCUGACAACUGGAAGAUCGAGGAGAAUUCGGGGAUGAAAACGGAUAGUGAUAAUCGGAGAAGUUGGCUUUUAUAAUUGAUUCGAGUACAACCGGACAACUCGUCGGAGAAAUAAGGUUUCAAAUAAGAGGACAGGAAGUUCGACGAGUGGAGGAAAUGAGGCGGAAUUGGGAAUGGAGGAGGAACGCGAUUGUUGGAGAAGUUUGAAAAAUUGAUUUUGCUCGAAUUUGAUCUGGGAAUUAAUUGGACAAUCUGUACAAUAGUUGAAGAUAUUUACGGUUCUAGCCGGAAUCGGGAAAUUGGAAAGAGACGUGUGUCAUAGACAAGUUCGAACAUUUGUUUCGGUGGGAUUCGCUUUGAAAAUUCACCGCUCAAUUGGAAGAACACAGUCUUAUAUAAUAACACUGCAGAUUGAAAAUGAUUUUAUUGGAAAAUUAAUCGAGGAACCGCAGGAAUAAGAUUUUAAAUUAAUAUUAGAGGGCUGUUUGAUUUUGUCGAGCGAAGGAAUCGCUAGAUCGAAAAGAAACGUGAUAAUCUGAACAGUUUCAAAAUUAAUUCAAUCGGAAGGGAUUGGUCAUAGAUCUUUAAAAAGAUGUUGUCGUUCAAAUUAAUUCGACUCGUUAAAAUUACAAGUGAAAGUUACUUUUAACAAGAUACCGGAGUAAAUAAAUCUUCGUGCGACUAUCGAUGUGAAUUCAUCCUAAUUCCAGCAAAUUUAUCCAAACGAAUUUGUCCAAAGUUUAUCGUCGAUCAAUAAUUCUGCACAAUGUCUAUAUACGUCAAUUAAUAAAUCAUUUAGUUGGUACAUAGUUGAAAUCGUACGAUGUAUAGUUUAUAUAGAGCUUGGUUCGGUGACAGCGUUACGCCAGAUAAUUAUUCAAGACUUCAAGAAACUUUAUCGCCACCUGACACAGUGGUCAGAGUGGGAAACGAAGGACAGCAUCAGUUCGUCGCUCACAAAGGUGUUCUGGCUGCUCAUAGCGGAUAUCUAAAAGCUUUGCUAACUAGCGCACCGACGACACCUAAUCAAGGUGUUAACACGAAUAUUACAUCUUGUACUAACUUGCCAACCACUGCAAUCGCGGUGACUACUACCAAUUUGUCGGGACCAUCGCAACGACAGCCUGUCACGUCUGUCUCGGUUUCGUCCAUUGGUGGAGAAGCAUUCGCGCCAUUAUUGAACUACAUGUAUACGGGUAGGUUGGAGGUAACAUUGGAUAACGUAUACAGCGUGCUAUUGGCCACGCAUUUGCUGCACAUGCCAGGGGCACUGGAGCAAUGCAGGGCUGCUUUACUAAGGCUAAGGGCACCGCCGCCUUUGCCAACUCCGAUACCGGUACCAGCAGGCCCGACGUCGACGUUGACGUCGACCUCCAUAUCCACGUCAACGCCAGGCUCGGGAAAUAUACUCAGACCUAUACCAAACAGGCUGAUGAUAGAUCCAAGCAUAUGCUGGCCACCGACAGCGCCUCUUUAUCCACCAACAGCACCUGUACCCUCGUCUAUCGGCAUUCCACAUUUACCUCAACUGCAACCGUCGGUGCUAAUGCAAUCGACCGUUCCACUCGGCGUUUCCGUCGCCCCGACCUCCAGCGUCCAAGAAACGCAUAGCUCGACGGCUUAUAGAGAAGUUUUAUCGCCAAAAUCAUCGAUCUUCAAAAUCGAACGAAAUCGGGGCCUACUAGUGGACUGUAGACCAAAAUCACCAGAGAACGUGUCCUCCAAUUCCUUGCCCUUUGUGGCAACAGCAGCAGCUGCAUUUACCACUUUCACCACCUCUAACGUUGCCACAUCGACACGAACGUCGUCGCCUUGUCAAUCGAUUUCACCUACGCCAUCCUCCGCUUCUCAAUCCUCGAUACCACCGUGUCAAAACAAAAAGACAACGGAACAGCAGCAGCGUCGAUCCACAGAAGAACACCGUUACGAACAUCCAAAUUCGAGCAACAACGAGCAACAACGUCGAUCUCCACCUCUGACACCUGUAGAAGACACGCCAAUGCCUCGAAACAGUGACAGGAACAUCGAAUCAACGUCGAUCAGCGAGGACGAUCGAGGAAGAUCUAGACGAAGAGGACGCGGUUCCAAUAGGGCAAACGAUAGUUCUUCGGGUGUUUUGUCAGUGGUUUACGACGUGGCUUGUUGCGAUGGUCCAGUCAAGUUCCAUCGAGUGUUGAAUGAAAAUUACUCGUCAACAGCCUCGUGUGGGUCUAGUUCUGUACUACAACCGCGUUUACAGAGGCCGUGUUUUGAACCAGAAAACGCCUCUGGCGAAAAUGACGAAAACGGAGGACCAACGGCUGUUGGAACUCCUUGCGACCAAAUCGAGUCUGCAAUGGAUACGGGCAACAGCAGCGGAAGCUACACUUGCCGAUACUGUAGGCACACUUUCAAGUCGCAAUAUUGUUACAGAAAACAUACCAAGAGGCAUUUGUUGCCGACAAGAGCAAACGAUCCGACUGGAAAUAGACAGAGGCAGGAUACAGAGGCUCGAAAUAGAAGAGAAGUUCGAUUGUUGGAUUUAAAUGUUCAGUAUUAUCCGUGUAAGAUCUGUGGAUGCAAAUUCCCGAGCUAUUAUUUUGUACAUAAACACAGGAAAUUGUGCCAUGCGAAUACGGAGGAGAGAACGCAGUCCGACGAAGCUAACAGCACAGCUACCGAGGAUCAAGAGUCCACUACUUCAACGACGAAUAACGACAGACAAUGAAAUUGAACUGUUACUUAUGGUUUGUUGAGGUGGAUUGGACGAGAUGUUAAAUGAGUGAAAAUCGAAGCGAAGAUAAUUUCAAUAAAUCCGUAGUUGAUUAAAAACACUUACCUAUUUCAAUGGAAAACAGGAUGUUCGUGUCUUGUAAAAGUAAAUUGGAUAUAGUGGAAACGUUAAGCGAAAAUAAAUGAAGAUAAAUAAUUUUAACAUAUCACAAAUUGCUUAAGCGGACUGGUCAAAUAACAUAGAAUAAAUUACUUGCGUUUCGUAGAAGUAACCUGAAUAAAGUAAAGAUCAAAGUGAAGUUAGAUGAAUACAAUUAGAUAAUGUUAAUACAUUAGCAAUUGACAUUUCGUCAAAUAGGAAACUAGAUUCUUUCUGUUUUAUGAUAGUAGAUUGAAAAUAAUGUUAAACAAAUGGAAAUAAAGUAAAUAAAGGAAAAACAUAAAGAUAGGUGAUAUUAUUGAUAGUCAAUGUUCCAUUAAAUAUUAAAAUGUAAAAGUAUACCAAUUAUAAUGAUAAUAAUAAAAUAUAAUUGAACUAAAUAUCGACGAUUACAUAUAAAAUAAAUUUUCUAUCAAUCGAUAUUUAUGUGUCAAACUAUCUAAUUUGGAAAUUAUCUGUUGAUGUGUUAAAUUGUAUUAUCAUAUAUUAUACGCAUUAGUUACAUUAUAAUGUACUACAUGUAUGUAAUUAUAAUAUGAAAAAUAAUAAUGUGUGAAAGAGAAGACAACUGACUAGCACUGAAAUUUCAAUAAUUUUGAUCCAUGAAUUACAUUGAUAUUGUGACUAGAAAAACAACGACAUACUAUAAAAUUUAAAUAAUGAAAGUAUUAUUAAUUAUUAUACUAAUAUUGACACUAGAUGACAGUAUGGUUCAAAUCUGUACAGUCCAAUAAAAACUAACUUCUUACAUUAAUUAAUUAAUUACUUAAUAGAAAUGAUCAAAUAUUAAAAAAUGAAAAU